UUGUGCUCUAUUUCCCUCGCGCGACUGUUCCUGCUGCAUCUGUAAACGCUCAGAAUGAACAGCUGAAGCUCUCUCUCUGCUGGAUUCCGGCGCGUGUGAUUGCACUGAAAUCUUCCAUUUCAAACCCUUUUCUCCUUCCGUUUUCAUGGAUUCGGAAUCCCCGUUUUGAUGGGUUUUUUAUAUCAUCUGAAAUCUUCUGAGUCUACAAAACCAUGUCGAGGUUUCGAGCUCUCUGGCAAGCUUCUCUCAAUGCAACCAAAAAAGCUCUCACAUGGAAUGUUGAAGACUUGAUACCGCCAAGUGAAAGAUUCGUGUUCAAUUUUAAUUCAAAAGAGGAGCUGAAAAGGUGGCAUUUGUACUCUGAUUCGGAAUAUGGAGGUUUGUCAUCAGCAUCCUUGGAGAUCAAAGAUGUUGGCAAUGGACUAAAUGGGAUUUUCUCUGGCAACCUUUCUUCGGAAGUCACCGAGGGCUCAAGGUGGAGAAUAAAUCGGAGUGGCUUCUGCGGAAUGCGGUCCAAGAAGUUCAAUGGUUUCAUUGACUUGGAUGCAUAUGAUACACUAGCCUUGAAGCUCAAAGGAGAUGGGCGAUGUUACAUAUCUACUAUAUACACGGAGAAUUGGGUAAAUUCACCUGGGCAACAGGAAGACAAUUCAUGGCAGGCUUUUGUGUUCGUACCGAAAGAUAACUGGUAUACUGCAAAGAUUCCCCUUGAUCGAUAUUUGCCGACGUGGAGAGGAAACAUAAUAGAUGCGAAGUUGGAAAUGAAUCCAUCACGAAUAGUUGGAAUGUCUCUCUCUGUCAAUGCAGAAGGCGGUUUUCCUGGCGCAAAAUCUGGACCUGGUGAUUUCAGACUGGAAAUAGAUUGGAUCAAGGCCUUGAGGACACAGCAUAUGAAUCCAUUAGGUGGAGGACAACUCAAUCAGCACUGUCCAUUUCUGGGAUGUGUGGCCCACUCGAUUAUAGAAGAGGUAGGCAUCUAUGGAAUGAGAGAGAAACGAAUGCUGAAUGCUAAUGUAUAGAUGUAUGAGAUCCAUACGUCAAAAAUCACUCUGUUCAGAUGAUCCUAGCCACUGAUUGAAGGAUUCUCAUCCAUUGAAUGUCGGAUUUUUUGUUGGAUUUUUUUUCCUAACCAUCCAUUUAUAAUCAUCAAGAGCCCACUGAUCACCGGCCAGGAUUACACAACCGGUUUGAGUUUUAGGCUACAGCUCCCAUCCACGGCAGGACGCAAAGUAUGAAGGGUCUGGAUCUAAUACACGUGCACCACGUAUAUCAAUAUUGAAUGAUGGAUUCCUACUAAGAUGGAAUUGAUAGUACCAUAUCCUCUCUCA